AUGCCCUACAGCAACACCCCAAAGGGCGCGCUGGGAGCAGACUUCUUCUGGACGCGGAAGUUUGAUCGGGCCAAAACGUUCUAUCUCCCUUUUUUCGAUAAGGGUCCGGCGAAGCGGAUGAUAGUAAACGGUAUGGAGGCGUCAGGAGACGUGAAGGUUCAGUGGAAUACCGCGAGGUGGUUCACUGAUCCAAAUCACUGGCUCCUCCUCGAAGGCUCUUGGAGUUCGGCAUAUGAGGAUGCCCGCAAAGCGGCCGGUGCGACUCCGGAGAGGAAAGCCACCUUCGUGGUGGUAGUGCGGACGGAGGCAAAAGGUCGUCAGAGCCUCCAUCAGCAGCUCGGCAAAGCUCUGUACGCGGAUCGCAUCCAGUCAGCAGCCCGAUCCACCGAUGAGGAAAGGUCGAAGCUGGCACGAUCGCUGGACAUAUUCAUAGCGAGGUUGAAUGAGGCGAUCAAGAUCACCACAGUGGAACAGUGUCAAGCUUCGAUCUGUGUUCCUAUACACUGGGAUCUUCAGUACACCAUGACUGGGGCUCAGGUGAUCGCGCAGCAAGAUGCUCUAGCCAAUGGCGUCGAAACCCCCGCAGCGCCCUCCACUGGUACCGACGCAGGUAAAAUUAUACUGAGGUACCGUCAAGGCCAGCAUCAAUACACCUAUCUGAACCAGACGCUUGCACGACCCCCUUACACGGUGUACCCUCCAUCUGCGACCGACACUGUAACCGCUUUCACGGCAGAGAGAACCCUUGGCAGAGACGGAAACGGCACCACAGCGUCCACAACGCUCAACCAUCUCGCCGAGAUCCAGCAAUGGCCUACUGGAGAUGCGACCUUCUCGUAUCUGCGUGACGGCGCGGAGACGAUCACUUGGUCACGGGAUAAGACGGAGAGCAACAAGGCGACCGACAGAAUCAUCACCGCCAUCCUGCACGAGGGAUUCCCCGGCAGUGACGCCUCGUACACGCUCAAUCCCGCCAUGUACCAGGUGAGCGUGGGAGACCUCAGCAGUUGGAAGGAAGUCCUACGCGCAGUCCCGACGUCUACUCGGCAGACGGACAUCGAUCUGACCCGCAAGGAGAAGGCGGCGUUGGAGGCCUGGAAGAGGGAACAUGGGGGUACAGUCAUUCUCGAAAAGGAUCUGUCAGACGCGCAGAGGGUGGAACAGAUUCACGCGCACUUGAUGAGAAGCUACAAGCAAGGAUCGGACCUCGCGUCCAUACGAGGGCUGCGGCAGGCAGGCGUUUAG